AUGAACCUGAAACUUGUGUAUUUUAUACAAAACAAGCCUAAUAUCUGGAAUCCCAAACAUCCAAAAUACACUUCGAUUGAAUACAGAGACCAGACUUACGCGGAAUUUGCAGCUCAGUAUGGUCAUAAAUUUACAGGUCAAGCAGUAAAAAAUCGCUGGACAAACAUUAGGUCAACAUUCGCUAAUUACUUAAGAAAGCUAAAUGCCAGCCAUGCAAAAGGCGAGGACUACAAAAUUAAUUGGCAUUUAUGGGAACCAUGCCAAUUUUUAAUGAAAGUCAAUAGAACAGUAAAGGAUUUAUCACAAGACGCAAAUGUAGCUGAAGAAAUAAAGAACUGUAAUUUAACAAAGCAAAAUAGUGAAAACGAGGUAUCGGAGAAGAACUUUAGCAAUAAUACGAAACAGAGUUACUGUAAGGAAAUAAUUGAAAAUUUGGUGAAAGUAUUUAAAGCAGUGCAAAACGAUGCCUUUGGACUUGAUGAUACAAAGUAUGGAAGAAUAGUUAAUAAUAUACGAGAAAGGAUCGUAGAAGGGAAUUAUUUAUUACAGCUAAAUCCAGAUAGAAGUUUUAAUAGGCGCACACCAGAACAGAUAGAAAAUAUAAUCCAACCAUUUGAUAAGGAUAAGUUUAAUUUUACCAAAGUGUCCAAGGAUGAAAUUAUUUUUACCUUUUUUGAAAAAGAUAACGAAGCAAAUGAACAUGCGCUAGUAGUUAAUGUGAGUCCAAUAUCUCGAUACCACUCCCUGUUAUGUCCUUCUGUACAGAGUUGUUUACCACAAGUUGUCACCAUGGAGAGUUUGCAGUUAGUUUGUGAUAUUAUGUUCAUUGCUAAUGACCGCAGUUUGCGGAUUGGAUUUAAUAGUUUAUGCGGAUUGGCUUCAGUAAAUCACUUGCAUUAUCACCUUUUCAUUGAAGAAAACAUAUUGCCUGUAGAAACAGUGAAAUGCAAACAUCUCAAAGGCCCUGUCUAUUGCUUUGGUCAUGACUAUCCAGUACCUGCACUUGUUUUCGAGGUACCAAGUAAUACAGUAGUGGCUUACAGAGAUAUAUUUAAACUUGUUGACUUCUUACUUCAUAAAUCAAUUGCGCAUAACAUCUUUAUAACAAGAGGACAAAGUAUAACUGAAGACUGCAGUAAAGAAAUAGUGCGUUUAAUAGUUUGGCCGAGGAAAAGCAGUUCCGGGGCAAAGCAGCUGGCUGCAUUUAAUGUGGCAGUGUUGGAAUUAAGCGGAUGGUUUCCUAUCUAUGAUGUAGACAGUUUCGAAAACAUUCAAACGGAAGAACUAGAGAGGGAAUUACAGAAAUGGAAAUAUGAACAAUUUGACGAUCUUUGUAAUGAGAUUGCGGGACAAUUU